AUGGGUUUCACCGACUUCGUCUCUGAUGCUGGCCUUACGAUUGCCAACCAGUACCUGGCCACCCGCAGCUACAUCGUUGGCUAUGCACCCUCCCAGGCCGAUGUUGUGACCUUCAAGGCCUUCACCAGCGCUCCUGACGCUGCCAAGUACCCCCAUGUUGCUCGCUGGUACAAGCACAUUGCCUCUUUCGAGGCUGAGUUCCCCACUUUCCCGGGUGACGCCUCCAAGGCCUUCACUGCCUACGGCCCCGAGACCACCGAGCUGCCGGUGAACCCCAAGGACAAGCCCGAGGCCGAGGAAGAGGAUGAUGAUCUCUUCGGCAGCGACUCCGAGGAGGAGGACCCCGAGAUUGUCAAGGAGCGUGAGGCUCGUCUUGCUGAGUACAGAAAGAAGAAGGAGGCCAAGCCCAAGCCUGUCGCCAAGUCCCUCGUGACCCUGGAGGUCAAGCCCUGGGAUGAUGAGACCGACCUGAAGGAGAUGGAGGAGAACGUCCGCGCCAUCGAGAUGGACGGUCUGGUUUGGGGUGCCUCCAAGCUCGUUGCCGUUGGCUUCGGUAUCAAGAAGCUUCAGAUCAACCUGGUCGUCGAGGACCUGAAGGUCUCCACGGAUGAGCUCCAGCAGCGCAUUGAGGAGGACGAGGACCACGUCCAGUCCACCGAUAUUGCCGCCAUGCAGAAGCUGUAA